AUGGCUAUCACUCGUCACGGAAUCAACAGGCAGGAAGUGGGUGCCUUGAUGCGCUGUUCAUUCGAAGAAACCGUUGAUAUUCUGAUGGAAGCGGCUGUACAUGCGGAAGUAGAUCCUGAGUAUCCGAGAACAUUAUGCUUGGCCAACUUGCCAAGGCUGGUACAGGCGCAUUUCGAUUUGGUUUUGGAUGCGGAGAAAUGUAAAUAUGGUAUUGAAGUGUCGACUAUGAUGGGUAUGUAUGGAGGCCUUGGGCAAUAUGGCACAGCACACAGUCCUGCUAGCUCCUCAAUGUCUCCUGUGUCGACCCCAUGGAAUGGUGGUAUGACUCCCGGAUAUGGAGCAGGAUGGUCGCCAAUCGGAAGUGGUAUGACACCGGGUGCAGCUGGAUUUUCGCCAUCAGGCCAUUCAGAAACCGGAAUGUCUCCUGGAUACGGAGGGUUCGUACUUAGAGAUUAA